CCGAAUGUGACGCGGUGUUGGCGGAGGUGCGGGGCUCCGCGGCACUCCGGGCGGUGGAUGGCGGUGGGAUGGAGCCCGAGGGGAGCGGCGGCGGCGGGUCGGCCGGGCUCAUGCAGCAGAUCCUCAGCCUGAAGCUCGUGCCACGAGUGGGCAAUGGGACCCUGUGCCCCAACUCCACUUCGCUCUGCUCCUUCCCAGAGAUGUGGUAUGGUGUGUUCCUGUGGGCACUUGUGUCUUCUGUCUUCUUUCAUGUCCCUGCUGGAUUACUGGCCCUCUUCACCCUCAGACAUCACAAAUAUGGUAGGUUCAUGUCUGUAAGCAUCCUGUUGAUGGGCAUCGUGGGACCAAUUACUGCUGGAAUCUUGACAAGUGCAGCAAUUGCUGGGGUUUACCGAGCUGCGGGAAAGGAGAUGAUCCCCUUCGAAGCCCUCACCCUGGGCACUGGACAGACAUUCUGUGUAGUGGUGGUCUCUUUUUUACGGGUUUUAGCCACUCUAUAGCAUAUAGCCUUUCGCUGUGAUGGCACAGCUGCCUUUUAUAGACUCCUUCAAAGGCAGAGACAGUGUCGUGGUCUCUUCAUUCCUCAAGUGGAAACAACUUGGAGGCGCCAGAAGGUAAAGAACACCGCAGCUGUUUCCUCAGUGUGAAGCUCCAGCCACUGAAGACCCCUGUGGACGGACUCCUCUCUUUCUCAGCCAAACCAAGCUCCUUGGCUUUCUCUUCUUGUGGCUGUUUAGGUUUUACAUGCACACCUUUACCUAAGCCAACAAUGCCUCAAGUUUGCAUCUUUUGAACAGGAAUUUGCAUCAUUAUUUGCAAAUAUGCAACAUUGCUGUUUCAUAGAAACAGUGGACAAUGCUGUUUAAUUUUAAGGGAGUAGGCUGCACUCUACUAAAAGCGUAUCGUCAUGACAGUAGGCCGAGUUUCCUGGGCUGAGUAUCGCUCUGGGAAUGAACUGGCUGAGUGUAACAGGAAGAAGACCUGAAGUCCAGUUCAAAGUAAUGGCUUUGCUUCCACUGUCAAAAGUAGGUGACCACUGAGAAUGUGACAUUUUAUGGAUAACUAUUUUUGACCUCUGAUUAUUUAAUAUAUUUUAAGAGAUGUGAAUUUAUCAUUUGAUCAAAAUAAGCUAGCUAAUUGAGAUUUCUUAUUUUUUUUAAAGAUACAAGGUCUUGCUUUGUUACCCAGGCUGGCCCAAACUCCUGGGCUCAAGUGAUCCUCCUGAGUAGCAGGGACAAUAGCAUCACUGUCACACCUAAUUGAAGCUCUUUUUCCAAAGAACUGCCAUGAUGCCUUUACCUGUCACAUUUAAUGCUAUCCAUUUUAUUUACUUUCUCUGGAAACAUGUUCUUAAGUGGCUUGAGUUGGACUUGAGAACCAGGUUAAGAUACUAUUUGGACAUUCAGGCAAAAUAAGACACUUACAGGAUUUUGUUACAGUUUUCUUCCUGACUUUAGUUUAUUUGAUGACUCCAAAACUUGCAGCCGAAAUGAGUUAGGGGCCAUUGGUUCCUUUCAUGUUUACCUAGCACUGGUCCCUCAGCCCACUUUUGCAGUAUUGGAGUAUCAACUCCCAGAAAGUGCCUAAAACUUCCUCUUCAUAUACAUCCCAUCUGGUCUUUUUAUUUUUAUUCAAGAGAAUUUUUAUCCUUAAAGAGACAUAGUUUUAAACCUAAUUUUAGCUGUUUAGUUUUUAACUCUACUGCCUAUCCUUGUUUUUCAUUAAAAAGGCCUAUAAACUGUGACCUUCAGAAGGGAAAGGGGUAUAAAUGUGUGCACCUUCCAUCAUUGUAACGGUUUUGUACAAAGUACAAUGUUCUUGUUGUUACCCGUUUUCAAAGUAGCUUCUGGUAAUUAACUCUGACAUUUUUAAAGGCAAAUUUUCAUUGAGAGAUAAAGGCUGUCAUCCUAUGAGAACAUAAAUGUAUCUUAAAGCAAUAUGCUUUUGGCUUCUGGUUAAAAAUAGCCAGGAGAAGGCUAGCAAGAUGGUUCAGCAGGUCAAGGUACUUACCUCUAACCUAAGUUUGAUUCUCAGGACCCACAUGGUGGAAAGAGAGAACCAACUCCUGCAAGUUGUCCUCUGAUCUCUAUAUGUUGUUCACACACAUAAAUUGAUACAUGUAAUUUAAAAGAAUUUUUUUAAUAACUAAGAGGACGUCUGUGGGUACCUGCACUUAUGUGCACACUCCCUGUCCCCCACGUGCACAGCAUUUUAAAAUGAGAUAAAGUAGCCAAGAGGGUCAGUUUACCCAGGAAUGGCAAGGGGAAAGAUGCAGGGAUGGCCGCAAAAAUAACCGGUUCUUUCCACUUGUUAAAACUGUAGUGACAGAUCAGCUUUGGCAGACAAUUAAAGUGCAGAUAAAUGGCUCUUAAUAUUCCCCAGAAAUAAGAGCAAAUUUUUCUUCCCAAAAAAGGUUUUCAUUUUUGGUCUCAGGGGCUGUGAAUUUGGAAAGCGUUCUUUCAGUUGGAGAAACUGAAGCGUGGUACCCUGCAUUCUGGGAAAUGACAGCAUCGUCUAUGGAAGGACACCUUAGAGUCCUCACUAAACAUUCUUGGGGAUAUAAUUUCACACCCUAAGCACAUAGAUGAAUCAGUGCUGAGCUGUUCCCCCUAAAUAAAUAAUAACUUCUGAGCAUAUUCACCCAUGAUUAAAAUGUUAGGUUAUUUGUAUUUACAACCAAGACACAAAAAUUAGGGGGUUUUGAAGGGUGUUUUUGCUUCCAUCUGUUUCUUGUGUAUAUUUUAUCUGCUCUCUAAAAAAGAAAACCAAAAACUUGAGCUGUAAAAUGUAUCUUCAAAUAACCGAGUGUGUCCUCUAGCCCAGUGUGUAUGAAGCACUCUUUGUGAAUAAAUGCAUAUAAACUAUAGACUGAGCUUUGUGAAGGCUUGAAAUGUUCUCAGGAAAGAACCGUUUGGAUGAUAAAGAAUGCUUUCCACUUUGAUCCCUUUUUGUCUUCUUCCUCUUGUCUCAAAUGCAGAUUUAUUUGCAUGGUUGUGUUAAACACAUCUCCUUCUACAGUUUCUUCAGGUCUUGUCUCCCGGUCAGGGCUUUCUCAGACCCUGAUUCCUGCAGUUAAAUCUCCACUUCUCACCUUCUCCUUUUCAGUCCUGAGAUAGCGAGGCAACCCCCAACCAAAAAGCUCAUCUUUUGGGGCUAAAAAUUAAGUUCAUGAACAAAAGUGUAUUGAUUGUAAUGUGAGCAAGAUGUACCUCUGAACUGUUAACUUCCUCUGGCGCAGGAUGCUCCUCAGGAAAUGCCGGGACUAGUGAGAAGCAGUUCGUGCAGAUAAAGGCAUCCUUCCUGUGUCCUUAAGGUUUUUAAAUUGUAUGUUGGCUUUUGAUUCCAGUGCCCUUCUGACUGCCCUAGUUUUUGUUAAGUUCUUGUGACACCGCAGGACACGCUAACCUUCCUUAAGGAACUGACUGUUUCCUGGAAUGUGAAGCCCUGGUGCCGUUAGUGUUCCAUGUGCAGAAGGUUUCGGGACCUCGUGUUUCUCUCUUGUACACUAUGUAAGGCUGGUUAUGACCAAAAUCAGCUCAACUUUUUAUAUUAGGUGAUUGCACUUAACUGUUAUAGUCCAAGUGAUCAAAUCUUUGUACAUUAGAAACUUAUUUAAAUUUUAUUUUUCUACUGACAUUUCUAAUGCUAGCAUAAAUGUUUAUCAAUAAAGAAUUAC